AUGGGCGUCAUACCAGAGCAAUUCCUUAGCUUCCGGCGGGGACCCGCUGCCUGUGCACUGGGCACUUAUUCGUCUGGGAGCCCCCCAGCCCCGUACCAGACAAUGAAGCAGCCUGUCAGGAUGCCAACCAUGAUGCAUCUGUUGAAGCUUUCCAGUGUUUUAGGUGACAAUCCAAAAAUCAAACUCCGAAUGAAACACAGCCGAUGUCUUGCCUGUUUUAAACUGCAUCGAUAUGAUGUGUCGCCUGCCGUCCCUCUCUUCGGUUCUCUGUUGCGCUCCCUCCCGGCGCUCAAUAACAGUUCAAUUGCUGACAGCGGUCAUAAAGGGGUUAAAAUUCUGUGGGGCCCUGCCAUUCUCUUCUGGCAGUUCAUUGUAGGUGGGCGGACAGUUGAAGAGUGUGAGUGUCAUGUACAAUUCUUCUCAAAUCCAGUUGCCACUUUUGGCACUGGAAUAGCAUCCUUCUAUCUACCGGUUAUUACCAUGACUAUUUUGUAUGUGCACAUAUCCCGUGCUAGCAAGAGUCGGAUCAAGAAGGAUAAGAAGGAGACAGAGUCAAACAAAGGCACCAUUUCUCCCAGUCCAGUGCGAGGCAAAACAAUGAAACCGAAUAACAACAUUUCAAGUGCACCUGAAGGGUUGCAGAAUGUCAAAGUACAAAAUGGCAAGGCAGCUGGUGAAGUAAUGACGGAUCAUUGCGGCCAAGUAGAGGAAAAGGUGGUCUCAAAUCCCUCGACUUCCCUCAGUGUCGUCCCUUCCAUCCAGAAGGAGGAAGGAAAGAUGGAUGAGAGCACAAAUGUCUCCACCACACAAAGACAUUUUAGCAACGGCAGCUCCAGCAUAAAGGUCAUCACGAAAUCCCAAAAGAGUGACUACUGUGCUACCACAGUUGAAGUGGUGUCAGAAAACAGCACCAAGAAUGGUAAAGCCAGAGAGCUUACCGCAGCCCACAACAUCAUUAAAAUGACAAAGACCCCUGCUGAGAAAAAGAAGGGAGCUGUAACCCGGGAGAAUAAGGUGACCAGGACCAUCUUGGCUAUUCUGCUGGCAUGUAUCAUUACCUGGACCCCAUACAGUGUCAUGGUACUCAUUAACACGUUAUGUUCAGUCUGCGUUCCUAACACUUUAUGGACUAUUGGAUACUGGCUCUGUUACAUCAACAGUACUCUCAACCCAGCCUGCUAUGCACUAUGCAAUGCUACCUUCAAGAAAACCUUCAAACAUCUUCUCUUCUGUCAAUAUAAAAACAUUGGUGCAACAAGAUAA